AUGGCAGCAGUCUCGACCGCCACCACAUUGGGCGCUCGUCUGCCAGACCCCUCCAGCACCGCAGACCAGGAUCAGGUUGGUAUGCUGCACCAACCCCUGCUCAUUGGUACUGGUGUAGCGAGCACACUUGUAAUCACCCUCAUUGCAGCCGCCGGACGACGGGGCGGCGCUCACGCCGGCCGCCGCAGCGACAAGCAGGAGGAGCAUGGAUCCGACGAGAGUAGGCAUCGCGACGCGAAAUAA